AUGUCUCGGCCAGAGAAGCUGCCGCAGUACGUCUACAAAAUUGUCGACGAGGCUCCGCCCGAGCCUUUUCCGGCAACAUUCCCGCUGUCGGAGCUCGACAAGACGGACGGCUUUGUUCAUCUUAGCACGUCGUGGCAGAUUCCUAUCACUUCCGGACUUUUCUUCAACGACAAGUCCCAGAUAUGGGUAAUCAAAAUCCAUUUCAAAAAGUUUGAGGCGGACACCAAGUGGGAGGUCCCAGGAACGGAUGGGUGUCCGCAUCUGUACGGCAACUUUGGCGCAGAUGAUGUAGAGUCGGUGGCAAAGUUCGAAAGGAAGGAGAACCAGACAUGGGAAGAGGCGUUCAAGGGAUCAACGUGGUUGGAAUGA